AUGGAGUCCAUUAUUAGCGCAUUGGCACAAUCCGGGAAAUUGAACAAGAAUGCAGUAUCUUUAUCCCCUGCGAGGACUAAUGAUCUUUCAUCACCCGACUCUCAGCCUACGUCCUUGGAAAGUUUUCACAAUUCACCUUAUGUCAGCGGGACGGAUGAAGAAUCAUCUGGGGAAAGCAACGAAUCGCAAAGUGAUGUGAGUGAAGGUGGUCACCUUACAAUGGACAAAGCGGGUCAUACAAGAUACGUUGGGUGUAGUUCUGGUAUUUUCCUGCUUAAGUAUGCCAAAAAGAUCGUUGAUCAUCAAGUAACUGUCGUCUGUGAUGAUUUUCACCCGCCAAAAAGGUUAUCCAACCGAGAUAUCAUCUCAGAGCUUCCUCCAAAAAAUGUGUGCGAUCAAUUGUUAGACCUAUUCUGGGAAAAAUUUUCCUUUUAUCAUCCUUUCAUAGAUAGACAAGAUUUCAUGGAGAAAUACGAUAGCAUGAAUAUCAAUUAUAAUUACAUAGUACUCCUCUACGCUAUUCUGGCCGUUGUGUCUAACAACAUUGCUAGUGUGAAUUAUUACGAUCGUACAAGAGAAUUGCUUGGUGAGGAGCUUGGUAAUUCAACUUUACCAACCGUUCAAGCCCUUUUAUUACUUGCGGGACUUCAAAAAGGCAUGCGUAGUUCUAGUUGCUGGGUAUAUGUGGGUCUGGCUAUUCGUUUGGCUCAAGACAUGGGGCUACAUCGUGAUUCGUCAAAUUGGGAUCUUGAUAAAAGUCAGGCAGAGGUUAGAAGACGUGUGUGGUGGGCAUGUGUUACGUUCGAUAGUUUUUUAAGCCUUGCCUUAGGUCGACCACUUGCAAUUAAUGAGCAAGAUUAUGAUGUUCGCUAUCCUGCGGCUGGAAUAUUGUUUUACGAUCAACCGGAAUCUAUUGAAGUAUUCGUUCAACAUAUCAAGAUUUGUUUAAUCACUUGUCGCAUAUCUAAGCACGUCUAUGGCAUCGAUUCUAAACGAACGGGCGGUAAUAAUUCGAUCCUGUCGACUUUGGAUGCAGAGUUGAACGAGUGGCGCGAUAAUCUACCGACUCGAUUUCAAUACGAUCGUUUUAAAAAAUUAUCUGAUGAUCCUCAUAGCAUAACGCCUAUAUUAUUUAAUUUGGCAUUUUAUUCGAUUCAAAUAAUCUUACAUCGCCCAUAUAUUCGAUGCCCAAAAUCUAAAGCGCCACCGUCGUCUAUUCCUUCACUUACAAUAUGCACCGUGGCUGCCAGCAGCAUCACCCAUCUCAUGUAUCGAUUGAUGAAAAAUGGCAUCCUGAGCCACGGAUGGAGAUAUGCGCAUCAUGCUUUCUUUACCGCUGUGACAAUGCAUAUCAUCAAUGUUCUGAGCGAUGACGAACGGUUCAGAGAGGUAGCAAAACAGGGUUUGAGGAUGAGCGUGAAAUGCCUGGAACAUUUGAAAUCUUAUUUAAAGGAGGCAGAAAGGUUUUUAUUCAUAUUAAAGGAUCUGUUGAAAUUUAAGAAUAUUAAUCUCGACGGCUCUGAUGAUAAAAUUCCGAAUAAGAACGCAUCGGAAACAGAAGGAAAAGGUUCCGUAAAUGAUGAUAAAUAUCAACACAGAACGUUGUUAUGUCAUUUGGAUGAUGCUGGAGCCAUCUCAUACGAUAAACCGUUGGAAAUGCCUCGAGUCACUUUUGCACCACCAUCACCACAACCGAUUGCUCAAGAACAAAGCAGUAGAGCCAGUAAUAAUGCGAUGAGUUACGAAAUUACAUCUUCAGAAGAAUCAUUGGCGUUCAUUCCAUCUACACAAUUCAAUGAAAGCAACGGAUUUAACGGAUUCAACGAACUAUUCCCUCAAAAUGCCGAUGCGUUCAUCCCCGAGACGUCAUCAUUAUUGUUCGAUGAUGGAAGCAAUCAUUAUAGUUUGUUGUUCCCGAAUACAGUUGAUUUGAUGGAAUGGUCAAAUUGGACGGAAUAUAUGCUAAAAUUGCAACUUUCAAGGAAUAACCUACAACAAUGA